CCCUGAAACUUCCAUAGCAAAUAGCAAGCAUCCAGCUAGACUCAGUCGCGCAGCCCCUCCCGGCGGGCAGCGCACUAUGCGGCUCGAGUGGGCGUCCUUGUUGCUGCUACUGCUGCUGCUGAGCGCGUCCUGCCUGUCCCUGGCCGCUGACAGCCCCGCCGCGGCACCUGCCCAGGAUAAAACUAGGCAGUCUCAGGCUGCAGCAGCGGCCGCCGAGCCUGACCAGCCGCAGGGGGAAGAAACACAAGAGCGAGGCCAUCCACAACCCUUGGCCGGGCAGCGCAGGAGCGGCGGGCUGGUCCAGAAUAUAGACCAACUCUACUCUGGCGGUGGCAAAGUGGGCUACCUUGUCUACGCGGGCGGCCGGAGGUUCCUGCUGGACCUGGAGAGAGAUGACACAGUGGGUGCUGCUGGUAGCAUCCUUACUGCAGGAGGAGGGCUGAGCGCAUCCUCUGGCCACCGUGGUCACUGUUUCUACAGAGGCACUGUGGACGGCAGCCCUCGAUCCCUAGCUGUCUUUGACCUCUGCGGAGGUCUCGAUGGCUUCUUCGCAGUCAAGCAUGCGCGCUACACUCUAAAGCCGCUCCUGCGUGGGUCCCGGGCAGAGUACGAACGAGUUUAUGGGGAUGGGUCUUCACGCAUCCUGCAUGUCUACACCCGCGAGGGCUUCAGCUUCGAGGCCCUGCCGCCACGCGCCAGUUGCGAGACUCCUGCGUCCCCGUCUGGACCCCAAGAGAGCCCCUCGGUGCACAAUAGAUCUAGGAGACGCUUAGCAUUGGCCCCGCAGCUGCUGGACCACUCAGCUUUCUCGCCAGCUGGGAACGCGGGACCUCAGACUUGGUGGAGGCGGAGGCGCCGUUCCAUCUCCAGGGCCCGCCAGGUGGAGCUCCUCUUGGUGGCUGACUCGUCCAUGGCCAGGAUGUAUGGGCGGGGCCUGCAACAUUACCUGCUGACCCUGGCUUCCAUCGCCAACAGGCUGUACAGUCAUGCAAGCAUCGAGAACCACAUUCGCCUGGCCGUGGUGAAGGUGGUGGUGCUGACGGACAAGGACAAGAGUCUGGAGGUGAGCAAGAAUGCGGCCACGACCCUCAAGAACUUUUGCAAAUGGCAGCACCAACAUAACCAGCUAGGUGAAGACCACGAGGAGCACCAUGAUGCAGCCAUCCUGUUCACCAGAGAGGACUUAUGUGGGCAUCAUUCAUGUGACACCCUGGGAAUGGCAGACGUUGGGACCAUAUGUUCUCCGGAGCGCAGCUGUGCAGUGAUUGAAGAUGAUGGCCUCCAUGCAGCCUUCACUGUGGCUCAUGAAAUUGGACAUCUACUUGGCCUCUCUCAUGACGAUUCCAAAUUCUGUGAAGAGAACUUCGGCUCUACAGAAGACAAGCGUUUAAUGUCUUCAAUCCUUACCAGCAUUGAUGCAUCCAAGCCCUGGUCCAAAUGCACUUCAGCCACCAUCACAGAAUUCCUGGAUGAUGGUCAUGGCAACUGUUUGUUAGACCUACCACGGAAGCAGAUUCUGGGUCCCGAGGAACUCCCAGGACAGACCUACGAUGCCACCCAGCAGUGCAACUUGACAUUUGGGCCUGAGUACUCCGUGUGCCCUGGCAUGGAUGUCUGUGCGCGACUGUGGUGUGCUGUGGUGCGCCAAGGUCAAAUGGUGUGUCUGACCAAGAAGCUGCCUGCUGUGGAGGGCACUCCCUGUGGGAAGGGAAGAAUCUGCCUGCAAGGCAAAUGUGUGGAUAAAACUAAGAAAAAAUAUUACUCGACAUCAAGCCAUGGAAAUUGGGGGUCCUGGGGUCCCUGGGGUCAGUGUUCUCGCUCAUGCGGGGGAGGAGUGCAGUUUGCCUACCGCCAUUGUAAUAAUCCUGCACCUCGAAACAGUGGCCGCUACUGCACGGGGAAGAGGGCCAUAUAUCGUUCCUGCAGUGUCACACCCUGCCCACCCAAUGGUAAAUCUUUUCGCCAUGAGCAGUGUGAAGCCAAAAAUGGCUAUCAGUCUGAUGCAAAAGGAGUCAAAACAUUUGUAGAAUGGGUUCCCAAAUACGCAGGUGUCCUGCCAGCAGAUGUGUGCAAGCUUACGUGCAGAGCUAAGGGCACUGGCUACUAUGUGGUCUUCUCUCCAAAGGUUACGGAUGGGACAGAAUGCAGGCCAUACAGUAACUCCGUGUGUGUCCGAGGAAGGUGUGUGAGAACUGGAUGUGACGGCAUCAUUGGCUCAAAGCUACAGUAUGACAAGUGCGGAGUGUGCGGAGGGGAUAACUCCAGUUGUACAAAGAUUAUCGGAACCUUCAAUAAAAAAAGCAAGGGUUAUACUGAUGUUGUGAGGAUCCCUGAAGGAGCAACCCACAUAAAAGUCCGACAGUUCAAAGCCAAAGACCAGACUAGGUUCACUGCUUACUUAGCCCUGAAGAAGAAAACUGGCGAGUACCUUAUCAACGGCAAGUACAUGAUUUCCACUUCAGAGACCAUCAUCGACAUCAAUGGUACUGUCAUGAACUACAGUGGGUGGAGCCACAGAGAUGAUUUUUUACACGGCAUGGGCUAUUCAGCCACAAAAGAAAUCCUGAUCGUGCAGAUCCUUGCCACAGACCCAACUAAAGCGCUAGACGUCCGUUACAGCUUUUUUGUUCCCAAGAAGACCACUCAAAAAGUGAACUCUGUCAUCAGCCAUGGCAGCAACAAGGUGGGACCACACUCUACGCAGCUGCAGUGGGUGACAGGGCCAUGGCUGGCCUGCUCUAGGACCUGUGACACAGGCUGGCACACCAGGACCGUGCAAUGCCAGGAUGGAAACCGGAAAUUAGCUAAGGGAUGCCUUCUCUCUCAGAGGCCUUCUGCUUUUAAGCAAUGUUUGCUGAAGAAAUGUUAGCCUGUGGUUUACUCUAAUGCACA